AUGAUUCGAGCCUUUGGAAUGAAUGGCUGCGGCCAAGCAGCUGUUAAACUCCUUGAAGAGGUGUGUAGUUCUGGUGUUAGUCCCAACUCUUUGACAUUCUCUUCUGUGCUGUCAACUUGUAGUCAUUCUGGUCUUGUAAACGACGGUCUCAAGAUUUUCGACAGGAUGAGCACUGAUUUUGGCUUCAAACCUGAGACAGGACACUUUACAUGUCUUGUUGAUUUACUAGCACGGGCUGGUCAGCUUGAUGAUGCUGUUGACUUCAUCAGAAAAAUGCCUCACGGGCCUGAUAAACAUAGCUGGGGUUCUAUACUUGCUGCCUCUCUAGAACAGCAAAGCAUAAGAAUUGGAGUCCUGGCUUCAGAGCAUCUGGUCAAUCUGGAGCCAGAAAAUGCUGGACACUACGUGACAUUGUCAAAUUUAUAUGCUAAAGCUGGAAGGCCAGAUGAUGCUGUGAGAGUACGGAGGUUAAUGGAAAGCAGAGGAUUGGUCAAGCAAUUUGGAUAUAGCAGUGUCAGUUUAGUGGCAUCAUUCAAUUCUCAGAGGGUUCGUUCAAGGCAUCAUUUCCAGAUUCGUAUAAUCAUUUUUAUCCAGAGGAUUAGUACCUCAUUCAGUUUGCUGAAGCUAACUCUGUUAAAAACAUAUCUAGUUGCUGGAACUUGCCCCAUAAUGAGGCUACAGAAAUUUCAAUGGUACUGA